GGUUGCAAUAAAGAUAAUUGAUAAGACUCAGCUGGAUGAAGAGAACCUCAAGAAGAUUUUUCGAGAAGUUCAGAUUAUGAAGAUGCUCUGCCACCCUCAUAUCAUCAGAUUGUAUCAGGUUAUGGAGACGGAGCGAAUGAUUUAUCUGGUGACAGAGUAUGCUAGUGGAGGGGAAAUAUUUGAUCAUCUGGUGGCUCAUGGACGAAUGGCUGAAAAAGAAGCACGGAAGAAGUUUAAGCAGAUAGUAGCAGCUGUACACUUCUGUCACUGUCGCAACAUUGUCCACAGAGACCUGAAGGCUGAGAAUUUGCUUCUGGAUGCAAAUCUGAACAUCAAAAUAGCAGAUUUUGGGUUCAGUAAUAUCUUCACUCCUGGUCAGCUGCUGAAGACCUGGUGUGGAAGUCCUCCUUAUGCCGCCCCUGAGCUUUUUGAAGGGAAGGAGUAUGAUGGGCCGAAAGUGGACAUUUGGAGCCUUGGUGUGGUGCUCUACGUCCUGGUCUGCGGGGCCCUGCCUUUCGAUGGGAGCACGCUGCAGAACCUGCGGGCCAGGGUGCUGAGCGGAAAGUUCCGCAUCCCGUUCUUCAUGUCCACAGAAUGUGAACAUUUGAUCCGCCACAUGCUGGUGCUAGAGCCAAGCAAACGGCUCUCCAUGGAGCAGAUCUGCAAGCACAAGUGGAUGAAGCUUGGGGAAACAGACCCUGAAUUCAGUACAUUGAUAGCAGAAUGUCAGCAGCUGAAAGUUGAGAGGCAGAUGGAGCCACUGAAUGAAGAAGUGCUGCUGGCUAUGGCUGAGAUGGGGCUGGAUAAGGAACGCACCCUCCAGUCAUUGAGGACAGACGCCUACGAUCACUACAGUGCAAUUUACAGCCUUCUCUGUGAUCGUCAGAAGAGGCAUAAAAACCUGCGAAUUUCUGCCCUGCCCAGCCUUCCACGGACCAUGACCUUCCCAGCACCAGCCAGUGUCCAGACAGAACCUGCUGGCAACCCAGUGAGCCUCAGCGUCCCACAAGUGCAGCUCAUCAACCCAGAAAACCAGAUAGUUGAGACGGAUGGCACAAUGAACUUGGACAGCGAUGAAGGAGAAGAGCCAUCUCCCGAAGCCCUGGUCCGUUACCUCUCCAUGCGAAGACACACCGUUGGCGUGGCUGAUCCUCGCACUGAGGUGAUGGAGGAUCUCCAGAAGCUGCUCCCAGGCUUCCCACGAAUCACCCCGCAGGCACCAUUCUUGCAGGUGGCCCCAAAUGUGAACGUGGCAGCCAACAUGCUUCCCAUGCAGCACCUACAGCCAACCGGCCAGUUGGAGUACAAGGAGCAGUCUUUGCUGCAGCCGCCCACGCUGCAGCUGCUGAAUGGGAUGGGACCGCUGGGGCGCAGGGCUUCCGAUGGUGGAGCCAAUAUCCAGCUGCACGCACAGCAGCUCCUGAAGCGUCCUCGAGGCCCAUCUCCUCUUGUAACCAUGACACCAGUAAGCCCUGACCUUAUGGACGUCGCUACGUAUGUGGAUCGCAAGAUGGGGCUCAGUGUCUGUGCUUGCUUGUGUGAGGUGACAGAGAUGCCCAGUCAUGCAGUGCCUGCUGUCACCCCUGUGGACGAGGAGAGUUCAGAUGGGGAGCCAGAUCAGGAAGCUGUGCAGAGAUACUUGGCCAAUAGGUCAAAAAGGCACACCCUGGCUAUGACCAACCCCACUGCGGAAAUCCCGCCUGACUUGCAGAGGCAGCUCGGACAGCAGCCCUUCCGCUCCCGGGCCUCACACCUGGCACCCGACCAGCACCGCUAUGUCUACAAGGACUCGAACACCCUGCACCUCCCCACAGAGCGCUUCUCUCCAGUGCGCCGUUUCUCCGAUGGAGCAGCCAGCAUCCAGGCCUUCAAGGCUCAGCUGGAGAAGAUGGGUAACCACAGCAGUAUCAAGCAGCUCCAGCAGGAAUGUGAGCAGCUCCAGAAGAUGUACGGGGGGCACAUGGAUGAGAGAACUCUGGAGAAGACACAGCAGCAGCACAUCUUGUACCAGCAGGAGCAGCAUCACCAGAUCCUUCAGCAGCAGAUCCAGGAUUGCAUCCGCCCUCCACAGCCUUCUCCGCCCUUGCAGGCAGCAAGUGAAAACCAGCCCGCUCUGCUCACUCACCAGCUCCAGAGAUUACAGAUCCAGCCCUCCAGCCCACCUCCAAGCCACCCCAGCAACCAUCUCUUCAGGCAGACGGACAACAGCCCCCCGCCUGUUAGCAGUGGCGUGCUCCAGACCCACAGUGCAGCCUCCCAGACUCAGUUCCAAGCGGGGACACCGUCGCCACCGCCGCCACACAGCACCAUCUUCCAGCAGCCUGGGGACCGCUCCCCGCCCCCUAACCUGGCCUUGCCCUGCGUGGGCCUGCAGCAGCAGGGGCAGCCCGUCCCUCUCCCAAUGCAGGAGCCCGGAGACCUGGUGGGCAGCAGUCUUCUGCAGGCCGGGCGGGGCUUGCCCAUCCCCCCCAACACCAGUCCGCUACAGAUGCACCAUCGUGCCAGUUUGAUGGCUUCCCUGACCUAUGGGCACAGGCCCCUUUCUAAGCAACUCAGCGCGGACAGUGCCGAGUCCCACAGGUAUCCAUCGACCCCCGGCUACAGCCAGGCGCACCUGCACCCCCAGCUGUUCCCCGAGCCGUCCCGCGUCUCUCCGAGCAGCUUCAGCCCCACCGCGCCCGUGGGCUUUCCUCCGGCCCAAGCCCUGAAGGUCCCGCCGCUGGAGCAGUUCCCCGGCUUCCCCCAGAGCGGCCGGCAGCAGCAGCCACCACAGCCGCAGCAGCAGCAGCACUACGCCGCCUCGGCCCUGCAUCAGGCCUUGCUGUCCCCGACCCCGCCAGACUACAGCCGGCGCCAGCAGGUUCCCCCCAUCCUGCAGGGCCUGCUUUCACCCCGCCACUCGCUCGCAGGCCACCCCGACCUGCGGCUGCCCCAGGGAGAGGUGGCGCAGCUGAUCAAGCGGCGGCAGCAGCAGCAGCAGCAGCAGCAGCAGCAGCAACAGCAGCAGGAGUUCCAAGAGCUGUUCCGGCAGAUGAGCCAAGGGGAGGCAGGACAGGUGGUCCCCGGCAUGGCCCAGAAACUCUCCGACCGACCUCCCCUCUCUUUGCCUUACCAAAACACUGACCCUUACCACCCCCACCCCAGCCCCCAGCACCUCUUAAAAGUGAGGGGACAGGAGUGUAUCUCGCAGGUCCCGGUCUCGGUGCCAGCUCGCGGAUACGCCCCGCCUCCGGCCCUGCUCCACUCGGAGAGCAUGGAGGAGGAAGCGGACUGUCUGUGCGAGGGGGCCAGGGACCCUUUCCCAGGCAACAAGACCAAAGGUUGCCCCGAGACGCGGCUCCUCUUAAGCAUAGGCGGGCCUGGGGACUCGGACCCUUUGUUUGGGCCUGCAAAAGGGGAGCCAGAGCUGGGAGCGCACCUGUACCGGCCCCAGACCGUUUCCCCCUUCAGCCGGAGCGAAGCACCCUGUCAAGAUCACAUGGUCACUGCUGGCCUGGAAAGGAACUCGCCUGGGCACAUGGAGAUGGCAGAUGUGGACGGGCUCGCGGCAUAUCCGGCGAGAAUGAUUUCUGGCGCACAUCCCAGAUCCCGGCCCCUGCAGAGACACCACACCAUCCAGAACAGCGACGAUGCCUAUGUGCAACUGGACCCUUUGCUGGGCAUGAGCCUCAUGGCAGGGAAAGCACUUAGUUCUGCCCGCAUGGCUGAUGCUGUUCUUAGCCAGACCUCCCUCAUGGGCAGCCAUCCGCUCCCCGAGGGAGAGAGAAGGGAUGGUGGGGAACGUCUGGAAGGGCAGGAGCAGCCCAACUUGGGUGAUGGCAACCAGCAUCUCAAUGCCCCUUGUUACCCCUCCAUGUGUGUGACAGACGUCCUGCUGAGUUACAGGCACCCAGAGCUUCCCUUUGGGGUGGAACAAGCAGGGGUCUAGCAAGCAGAUGGCAGCCGGUUAUGUACAGCUUUGAAGCAAAAAGGUCCAUUUCAAACCGACAGUAUCUUGCAGCCUUGCGCCAAACAGCCAUCGCAUUUCUCUGGGAAGGAAACCUUACGGCGGUGGUGACUCUUCCUGCUCUUCCUCCUCUUCGUCCUCCUCCUCCUUGUUGGUCCAAGAGCGUGCUUGUUCCUUUCGGGUGUUCGUAACUGCCAUAUCUGCCUGUGACGCCAGCUGUUCUGGAAGCACCAGACCGCCCCUCCCGGGGCUGCGGGGACGGAUCGACGAGGGUGGCAGGGCCUCCCCUCGCCCUGGGCGGCUGACGGCCGGCCGAAGGAAGGAAGGAAGAGGCGCUCAUGCCAGCAAUAAGCAGACAUGGGGACAGGGCAUUUCCAGGGCCUGCCCUGCGCAGGGACCGAGGGGGGGCUUGCCGAGGGGCUGGGGUGAAGCCUCCUUCACACCUGCCCUCCUCCUGCUGCUCGCCCCCAAGACUCAGGCCCUCUCUCCUUCUCUCCCCACUCCCCUCCUGGCCGUGGUGCAAUAUCGCUUUCGCGUCUCUCUCAUUUACUGGCUUUUCUGUUUUUGAAUUUCGUCAUUGUGCUUAAACCUACUUCCCUUCCUUUCUCUUUUUGUACAUCUUUUUCAUUCAUAUCACGUGCUACCUUUUCUUUUUUAGUUUAAUUCUGAGAAUGCUUGGUUCUUGUUUUUUAACUUGUUUCCCUCCAGAUCAUGUAGGAAUUUGUUUCAGUAAAUUUUGGUAUUAUUAUUAUUAUUAUUAUUAAUAUUAAUAUUAAUAUUAUUAUUAUUAUUAAUAAAUUAAUUCAGAAUGCCUUUCUGCCCCUGGCCGUGCUGCUUGCCCCCACCCCUUCCUCUCAGUGUUGGCUCUCCUCUUGGCCCAGCGUCUUGGCUGCGGCCUUUCCUACCCUCCUGAGGAAACCUUAUUUUUGGUGACUGAUCUAAGAAUUGGGCGAAGCCUUUGUUUGGAGAGGGUCUCGAAUCAUCCUUCUGCCUUUGGGACUUUUGGAGAACCACCACCCAGAAUUCCUGUUACUGACUUUUUGGGAAGAGUUUUUUUAAAAGGGGCAGUGUGAGCAUUACUGCAGCUCCCCUGGAUUUGCACAGAAGACGCAGAAGACCAGCAGAGCAAGGUUUUGGCUGAGCUGCCUCCCCACCUUCGUGAUGAGUUAAGACGAGGUCUCCUCCUCCAGGCUGGAUCAGGACUGGAGCUUCCUGGGGCUGGGGAAGCAGGGCGGCCAGAAGGACGGGGAGGGGAUCUGAAGGCGGCCCACCAUCCCUCCGGCACCCAAAUCCACCUUUGGCCUGGCUUUGGACUCUUGCUUGUUCGUCCUUCUGUUUACGUGACCAGGGAGGUGAUGGCAGCCACCCUCCAGCCCUCUUCCAACAGGCUGGGUAGGACAUGCCUAGCUGGGCUGUUUUGCAGUAUCACAUUUUUUAAUUUUGUUUUGGUUUUUGGUUUUUGGUUUUUUUAAUUGUUGCUUUGUAUUGUAGUAAUCAGUACUUACAGUAUAUGUUGAAUGUAUAACAUACUUUGCUAUUAUUUCUGUUUUUGGGAAAUGUCCAGAGUAUUUUUCUCAUUUAUGUUGGACUAAAACAAGAGCCUCCAUACACACCAGUCCCCCAGGUUUUCAGUAAAUUCUCAGUUCAGUUUUGGGUGGGUGGGUCGUUUGCAACUAGUCACUUAGUUGUUCAAAUAAACCCUUGAUUCUGAUUGGCUCUCA